AUGGGUGUUGCAGGUUUCACUUUGGGCUCUGGCGUUCGUAGCUCGUGCAACAGGCGUUGUUCUGCAGCUGGGCUUGCAGUGCCGAGCGCGCAAGUGAGCGGGCAGAUGUCUUUGUUCUCGGAAGGCACCGCCAAUGAACGGGAGGCCUGCUUCUACUGCAACCGGGAUGCAUGGAAGAUGUUCUGCUGUCCAGCUUGCAGAGGGCCGGGUGAAACUCGUGGACAAGAAUGCUACAUGCUCUGCGAGGCAUGUCUUGCAAAUCGAGCGUGCCAGUACUGCCAGCGUCGGCCGCAGCCACAAGAUGCCUUCACUGACUCAGACCUCCGCAGUUGCGAGCAAGGCGGCCCCUCUUUGGAAGGUAGCUCGACAACGCAACAAGGCGACCCAGUACAUGCGGGAGAUGGGAUAGCAAUGGAAGCAUUAUCCCCUCAUUCAGAUCCUGAACUGUGGGUUCUUGUGGAGCUGUCCUGCGUCCUGUUGCAUCGGUCUCCCGCACGCCUGAAAGAUCUGCAAGAGGAUGGCUACGACGGACGCCGGGAGCCUUUCUACCUCAGGCCCGGCGCCGCAGACUUCCUCCGAGAGGUCUCAGGGCUGCCUCAAGUUCGCUUGGCCCUCACGACGACCAUGCGCCCUGCCACCUACGAGCCUCUGCUCAGGUGCUUGGCCCAGGCAGCUUUUGGGGCCAAUGCAUGGGACGACCAGGCCUUUCCGAUUUUUGACAAGCGGGACCUCAAGUCGGACCGCCGCUUUGCGGACGGCAGAGAUGCCCCAGCUCUCGAUGUGGAAGGAUUCAGACAAUACGCUCGCAAUGUCCUGGGACAUGAGAUGAAGGAGGAACGAAUAACUUUGAUACAGAGCUUGAAAGAAGUCGUGUCAGAGUCUUGGCGGCACAGCGUAUUGCUCAUUCCAGCCAUGCAGCCGUCAGACCUGCUUGCGGCCCCCUUAAUGUUGAGGAACGAGCUCGAGCAAAUCCCGCGGUACCUCAGAAGAGUUGAUGCACGAGGGAAUAUUCGCAGGCAUCUACAGGAGACACCCUGCAUCUUCGAGAGAAGAUGCAAGGAUCUGGCAGUUGAGAUGGAUGAGCGUCCGCCAUGGGCCAGCGAAGCUGAUUUUGCUGGGCUUCCUGUGCAGAAGAGCCAAGACGGGCUAGAACACGACCAUGAGCUGGUUGUCCAGAAAGUCCACCUCCACCGCGCACACGAGUGGCAUGUGCUGGGGCCUUCACGGCCGCACAGGUAUGAGUGGACUGGAGUGCGCUUUCACCCCUUUCCAGCAACAUGCAGGUCAGGCUCUCGCUUCGAAGUAACUGUGAAACAGGGACUCGUGCGCAUUGGAUGGUCAACUGCGCACGGUUCCCUUGACUUGGGAAAAGAUCGUGGAGAGGGGUUCCCAAAUGUCGCGUAUGGCGGCACUGGCAAAAUUUGUGUCUGUGGAGCCUUUUCUGACUUCAGUGAACCUUUCGGCCCAGGAGACAUUAUCGGUUGUGAGCUCCUUUUCAGUUGCGGACGCUGGCUUGCAAGCUUUACGAAGAACGGCACUGUGAUGGGUGAGAUACAUCCCUUUGACACACUUGGCGGUGCAGGUGUGCUGUACCCGCACAUCACAGGAAAGUUGAGCUUCGAAGCAAAAGUGAACUUUGUGAACGCCGCUUCUUUGGAGAGUCGCUCAGGCCAACUGUGA